AAGUCACCAAAACCAUCGAGGCAUCGAUCGAUCGCCCCGGCCCGUAAGCCCACCACCACCUGCAAGGCUGCGAAGGCCAGCCGGAGCUAGAGCGAAGAUGGGCGCAGAGGCCGAGGUGCUCGCGGGAGGAGAUCAAAAUCGGCGCGUGGGGGGGACGCCCGCGGGAGCAGAUCAACGGCGCGUGGGGGGGACGCCCGCGGCCGCAGAGCUGCCGGGGCCUCUGCGCGUGGGGGGGACGCCCGCGGGAGCAGAUCAACGGCGCGUGGGGGGGACGCCCGCGGCCGCAGAGCUGCCGGGGCGCGUGCCCAGCCGCCGCGCACCCCGGCCGGCGCCGCUGCCGUACCAGGCGAUGCUGGGGUCGACGGCGUACGCGCGGAUGCGCGCGGAGCACCCCGCGGAGUUCGCGCCGGCGAGCGUCUUCUUCACGCACGACCCGCGUAGCGCCAUCGACCGCCGCAACAGCUUCCGCGUCAAGGCCGCGCUCGUCUACGAGGCCGUCACGGGCCACCACGUCGACGACAACAUGCCGCGCGCCGACAGCCUCCUCCUCGCCCUCGCCAGGGAAUGCCACGCCAGGAUCCAGGCACUGACGCCGACCGGUGAUGCAGGAGGUGCUCUGCCGGAGGUGCCGGCCGGGGGUGCUCCUCCGAGUCCUAAUGACCCGGGCACCAAGGGAGGCAAAAGCAGCCCGCCAGCGGAGGUCACCGAGGAGGGCCUGGACGAGACGCAGAAGCGAGUGGUCGACGGCGUCUUCGUCGUCGUCGGCUUCCUGCCGAAGCUCAAGGAGGCGAUCGCCAGGGGCGCCGACCGCGACGGCGUCGACGAGAGCUUCAAGUCGCGGCACAUGCAGGACAUCGUCACGGACGUGGUCAAGCUCGAGAACCAGCUCCCGCUGCGGGACCUGCUCGACGUGGCCGCCGUGGCCGAGGCCGCGGUCGCGGCGACCGUCGCGCGCGGCGAGUUCAAGGACGUGGGCUCCAACGCCCGCGGCGGCGAGUACAGGCUGCCCUUCAACAAGGACAGCUUCGGCGACGUGGUUCAAGGCUUCUGCUGGUACUACUCGCCCUUCGCCUCCUCGAAGAAGCCGGCGGCGGCGAGCCCGUUCAAGGACGUGGCCGCCGACGAGGACAUGGCGACGCGCACGCUGCUCGACUGCCUGCAUCUGAGCGUGGUGAAGCCGCCGCAGGGCGCGGCAGUGAGCGCCACCGGCCGGCCGGCGCGCAUGCCCACGGCGCGGGAGCUCCGGCGGUCGGGGGCCCGGCUGCAGGCCUCCGAGAACGGCCGCGCCGAGGUUGAGUUCGCGCAGCCGACGGUGUGGCUGCCGGCGCUGGUGUACGACUUCAAGCUGGCCACGGUGGCGCGGAACCUGCUGGCGCGGGAGUACGAGGGGCAGAGCAAGCCGGUCACGCGCUACUUCCAGAUGCUGAACGAGCUCGUGGAGGACGCCGCCGACGUCCGCAUCCUCCGGCGCGCCGGCGUGAUCCGCGGCGGGUCCGGCGGCGUGCAGGAGGUGCACAGGCUGGUCAAGAGCAUCGACGGGCACGCGACGUACCCGUCCGUGUACCUGGCCAUGGACCUGGAGAUCGAGAAGGUGAAGCAGUACCACGACAAGAGGAUGACGAGCUUCCUCGUCCGCAACCGCCCCGGCGUGAUAUGGGCCUCGUCGGUGGCCGCCCUCUCGGUGUUCGCCAUCGUCGCCGCGAGGAGGAAUCGGCAGGGGUGAAGCCAGGAGCACAAAUCAGUAUACGCUGCUAAAAACGGUGCUGCCACGUACGUAUGUACAUCUACAUGUAUUGUAACUUGAUGUGUUGUAAGGCGUAUUUCGUGAUAUAAAAGGCAAUAAAGUCCAAAUGGGCUAUAACAGCAAACAAA